AUGGCAUUUAAAUCUGCUAUUUCACUAGCAUUCCUACUUUCAGUAAUGCUAAUACUAGUGGUAGGUUCAAAUGCCGGUGGAAUUGCUAUCUACUGGGGUCAGAAUGGAAAUGAGGGCACCUUGGCCGAGACUUGUGCCACUGGCAACUAUGAAUUUGUCAAUCUUGCAUUCCUUCCAACAUUUGGCAAUGGACAGACUCCAAUGAUCAACCUUGCCGGUCACUGUGAUCCCUACAGCAAUGGCUGCACUAGUCUGAGUUCGGACAUUAAAUCAUGCCAAGCAAAAGGCAUCAAGGUAAUGCUGUCCAUUGGGGGAGGGGCCGGGAGCUACUACCUCACUUCCUCCGCGGAUGCUAGGCAAGUUGCCACUUACCUUUGGAACAACUUCUUGGGAGGACAUUCGUCCUCUCGCCCACUAGGUGCAGCUGUUUUGGAUGGAAUAGACUUUGACAUUGAGGGAGGAACCAACCAACAUUGGGAUGACCUUGCAAGGUUCCUUUCAGGAUAUUCUAAAAAGGGUAAGAAGGUGUACUUGACUGCAGCUCCUCAGUGUCCCUUCCCGGAUGCUUGGGUUGGAGGAGCCCUUAAGACAGGACUUUUCGACUAUGUUUGGGUUCAAUUCUAUAACAAUCCUCCCUGCCAAUACAGUUCAGGAAGUAUUGGUAAUCUUGAGGAUGCCUGGAAGCAAUGGACUUCUGAUAUUCCGGCCACGAAAAUUUUCUUAGGACUGCCUGCAGCUCCCGAGGCAGCUGGAAGUGGAUUCAUUCCGGUAGGAGACCUCACUUCUAAAGUGCUUCCAGCCAUUAAAGGUUCUUCCAAGUAUGGAGGUGUGAUGCUGUGGUCUAAAUACUAUGAUGACCAAACAGGAUAUAGUUCCUCCAUUAAAAGCCAUGUCUAG